AUGAUGAGUGAUACGCAGCCACUAUUACCAACUGCAGAUCGUUUUUCUAUUGACGAUAGCAAUAGCAAUCGAAGACGAUCGGCGAUUAACAAACUGUUCAAUUGGCGUCAAUAUUUUGCUUUCACAAAGAUUGAUCAGAAGUAUGAAAAUUUGGAUGAUGAUAAUGAUGGCACUAGAAACGAGCCAGUUAUUGGAUAUUUUCAACUGAAUAUUUCGUAUUGCGAUACAAAUUCGAUUAGUCAGUUCAGUGUCAAACUGUUCAAUAACAUCGACAAUAUGAGUAAAGCCGUUGGCUUUGAAUUAUCAAUGUUGCUUGCAGCAUUAUUUUCCAUUAUUUGCUCUUCUUGUGUUGCUCUAAUCAUCAACUGGAAAUUGACAUUUGCUAUAGCAUGUACAGUGCCGUUUGCUAUCGUCGGCUCAUAUGUAUUUUCAAAGAUUACUGUCAAAGAAUCGAGAAACGAAUUGGAUGCGUACUCAAAAGCUGGCGAGAUCGUUCAAGAAGUGUUCAGUUCUCUUCGUAGUGUGCUUUCGCUUAAUGGUGAAAAAUUUGAGGAAAAACGGUAA